AUGGAUCAAGAUACUGAUCCCUCAAAAAAUGGAGUCUCCACCACUACUCAGACUCCGUCAUCUGGCGGCUGUCGACAUGCCUGUGAUCGUUGUCAGAGGCAAAAGCUUAAGUGCGAUAUCGAAAAACCAUGUCUAUUAUGCGUUCGCUCAGGGGCUUCAUGUGUAACUACACCGUCUGGAGCUUCAAGAACGCUCGUUGAAAGAAAAUCGAAGCAGACUCGAAGAAAAGCGGCCCGGAAAAGUACCACUGCCCCUAGUACUUUGGGGACGCCCUCGGCCACCCAAAAAGAAUGGGACUCUGGACCGUCAAAUUCGCGAACUAAAGAUUUUCUAGAUCAUCCUCAACCCCCUAAUCAAGGAGAAAAGGGCAUAUAUUCAAGUCCAGCCCUGUCAAACUUACUGCAUGAUGAUGACACAGCAUCUCGACAAACUACACCGUUCCCCGCGCCAGAUAAGUAUGCUGAGAUGUCUACGAUUGGACUUACAAGUAAGCUCUUUCAUAUUCACAAGCAAGAAUCAAUCAAUUCUUCAGCAGAAAGCUAUAGUACAAACGCUAUUCCCGGCGGAGACUUCGUAAAUACCCAAAACAAAGAUCGCCAGACAAUCGAGUCAGUUAGCUUAGACUCGCUAUUUCCAGGGUUUGCCUUCCCACCACGGCCAGUUUGCGAUUUUCUUUUAGAAUCCUACAGAAAGUCGGUGCAUUGGUUUAUGUUGCUCUUCCACGAAGCUUCCUUUGAAAGCGAGUACAAGGAGGUGAUGGAUAGUCAAGCGGCUAGUCCCCGUCAAAUUGGAAGCGUUGUACUUUUCCUAAUGGUAUUUACCAUGGGGGCGCGGUACACGACUAAUGAAGAAGCUUUGGAAGUCUGUAGGACGCAUCUGGAUCUAGAGGCAUUUCAGCAGCAAAUGCUCAAAGAAGUUCAAGCACAUCUCUUUGAUGUUAUCGAUAUCGGUGGAAUUGAGUCGGUCCAGGUUUGUGUUUUGCUAAGUUCAUUUUACAUGUACAAUGGUAGACCAAACCUAGCUCUGGCAAUUUUGGGAGCAGGGAUACGAAGCUCACAGGCAAUUGGACUACACAAGGAGUCUUUGUGGGGACCUCUCACCGAGACUGUGAAGGAGUUCUUUUGUUAUGUUACAACUAAAUCUUCUCUCAAGUUCUCGUCGAUUACAUAUGGGCGGCCCUUGUCCAUCAACGAUUCUGAUUGCGAUGUGCGCAUGCCUGGUAAUUUGAAUGAUGCCUCCAGCGUCCAUCCAUUGUUGGAUUCUCUAGAACUUCUGGAUGCGGAUUCUUCAACUCAAGUCACCUUAAACUCGUACCAUCGAUUCAAAUUUGCUUUGUAUAAUAUUGCAUCUCCUAUUAUUGGUGACAUUUAUAAUUUAAAAAACUCAAAUCCCUCAAAUAUGGCUCAACAAGCUAUAUCGAUUAAUACAAAUCUCGUGAGGUGGUUUGACCGGCAGCCUCCAGAACUAAAGCUGGAAUCAAACACGAAUCUCGAUGUUAGCAAUCUUUCAGCUUCCGAGGUCAAGGUAUGCAGGUUGUUCCAGCUACAAGCUCUUGUGUUGCAGCUAGCAUAUGAUAAUAUCCAAAUAAUUCUUCAUCGGCUAUUCCUUCGAUACAACCAUUGCUUGGCUGUACUUCCUACAUCUGCCACGUCUCAUUUACUUCCCACAAGCUUGGAACAAUGCAGGCAUUGCGCCAGGCGAACUUGUAACAUUUCACCGCGCUACGCAAAUCUUCUCCUGGCUGCUCGAGACACUCAUGCUGUUGCAUAUGUCGCUAUUCAGAAUUUUACUGCAGGGGUCACAUUAGGCAUGGUUGCCCUAUCCGACCCAGGUUCGGAGCAAGCACAAGAUGCAAAAAGAGGGGUGUCGAAUUCAAUAUCCCUCCAGAGAAUGCUCGCGGUAUCAUCCAUCGUUCCAUUACAAACGGUGAAGGUUUUGGAGCAGCUUUUCCGGCUCAUAUUCAAAAAAGAAAUGGAGAUAAUGCUUGACGGUCCUCCAUUAAAUCUGGAGACUGGCAAAGUCGCUUCCAAUUUUCCGCAGCGUGAGCAAGAAAUCCAUCAGCUACCUCGUCAUCCUGUGCAAAAUAAGGCAACACUGCCGAGAUCUCCGCCGCUGCAGACUUCACAAAGCCUUGUGAUGGAUCCUGUGCAAGCUUCCCGUCAAGAUGGGGACAGACAGCCGCAAGCAGCGGAAACGAGGCUAGCGCAAGAAGUUGGUAUUGGAAUGGACUGGAACAAUUGGUCUUUUGAUGCAGGAAUUGAUAAUGCCCUCGAGUCAAUCCAACAAGUUCUCUGGCAAAACUCACAUCCGGUAACAAGUUCAGAAACAUUUUCUAUGAACACCACUGGUUUAUGUGGCAAUACAUGUGGACCACAAAGACAGGUAGCGGUUGAAGACUCCAAAGAUCCUAUCACUAUCCCACCGGAAGAAGUUCAAUCUUUCGACAUAAACGAGACUUUAGGGCAGAGUUCCUGCGACCUAUAUGGGCAGUGUUGGAUGUGGAAUUGGGAUCCCUCUGUUGGUGAUAAGGGACCCAAUUUCGGGUAAGCAAAGGCUUGCCUACCUAUUGGACGAUUGGAAGAAAAUUUGAACUCACGGGAACGAACUAUUGUAAUCGAAUAUCCUAUUUUCUUUUCGACGCUUUCGCAGUUGUCAUGUUAAGAUCACUCGCAUCAAUUUGUUA